UAAUGUGGAAGAGGAAGCAUUGCGAACGCAGCGAUAUUUAAGUUUGUUUUGUGUGGGUGCUUAGCAAAUUAUUCCAACUAUUUAUAAAGUGAAAUGUCCGUGCAGGAGUUACGAAAUGAAAUCAUACGCGAGAAUAUACCACUACUCAUUAAAGAACUCACCGGUUUCGCUGAUGAUGAUGAAAAUUUGCGCAGCUACGAACAAAUGGCUUGGUCCGUCAUACGUAACCAUCGCAAUUUAAGCACCAACAGUCAUGAGGUGCGGCGGCGCAUCGAAGGAUUACAGGAAAAAUUCGCUGUCGAUAAUAAUUUGGAGUAUGCUGAACAUCUGGGCCGGCUAUGCGACGAGAUCAUACAACAUCCGCUCUGUAAGGAACAUUACGAAGUUGAUAUAGAAUGGUCAUUAUUGGAUUUUCUAAUAUCACUUGCACACAAUCCAACGGGUGCGUUACGAAGAAAUAAAGAAAAAAUUGAUAAACUCCUAAAGGAGCAUGAUGAACUUAUGCGUGAGAAAACCGCUGAAAAUGAUUCAGAGUAUUGGAAGAAAGUGCUGCAGGAAGAUUUUAUACCAUUGGAACGCUCUUAUAGUAGUUCUUCAGAAUUGAGUUACUGGUCGGAUGCAACCCUAGAGGAGCUUAUGGGUUUAUAUGAAGAUUCCGAAAUUGGUUCGUUAUCUUUACCUUCACGUUCACACACACCAACACCACCCCCUGGAAUGGAAAAUAUUAAGCCACCUCGAAGAAUAUUUCCUUACACCCGGUACAAUAACACUUUGGUAGAAGAACGACUGCUAAAUACUGUACAAAACUCUUGGUGGGAGAAAGGUGCCAGAAUAGUGCAGCCGACCAUAGAAAGCACAAAUAGAGAAGCGAAUUUUGCUUUAGAAUACCAUAAAUUACAUGCAGCUCCUACAAAUCAACGUAAACGUGAUCCACCCGAAACAGCUACGGAAUAUAGUCUAUUGCGUGAGAUAUUCUGGAUGUUUCAAGUGCCGCAUACAUGUAAAUUUUUUCAAGUAACUGGUGAGAGCAUUAAAAUUAGAAAAAAUGUGACACUAACCAGCAUAAGAUCGAUUGCUUUAUGUUCAAUGCUGGAAAAUCAUUUCCUGCCUUACAUACGCAUGAUGCAAGAGUUGCGAAAUUUCAGUAAACUCAUAUACGGUUCAGAUGACUAUACGCCGCCUAAUACACUGGAGCAUUAUGCGGCCAGCUUAGAGCUACUACUAGAGCCUAUCUGGCAUGAGUUGCUUGCGUGCGAAAGAGAUUUGCUAACCCAACCCGAUUGUGAAAUAAACACUCUAAUCAGCAUACACAAUAAAUUGAGACCCACAUUUGCUAAACUUUCCCAUCUGCAUAACAUACAUCAACAAGCGGUUCUGAAUAUACGACAAUUGCCAGCUCACAUCUCAAGCACGCAUUUACUAGCCGCAUUAAUACAUUGCAACCGCACAGCGACCACGGCAAUUGAAGCGAAUCUGGCAAUGUCACUCUUUCUGGCCUCAGUGAGGGUGUUUUUAGCCAUUGCCGACACAUGGUGGACCGAGGGACGUUUGGAUGAUUGGCAUAAUGAAUUCGUCAUCGAACGUGUCAAUGAGUCGGGUCAAAGUAUACGUGUGCGUGAAUUCUAUAAGAAUAAAGAGAAAGCUUUCUUCGUGCCCACACAAGUGUCGAAAAUGAUAACUGAGAAUAGCUUCUUCCAACUUUUAUUGGAACACUCACUCGAGGCGGGUUGCACGCUAAAUCUUUUAUAUGAAAUUAAUCGCAUUGGUGAAUUGCGUAGCGCUUGUGAUGCCAUUGAGGGUAAACUAUAUAAUGUUUUCAUAGAAGAUGUGCUGAAAUAUGUGCGCAUUUUACAAAAACAAAUCACCGAAGCAGCAAGAGAGGCCAAAGAGAAUGACAGACUGGAAAUUGAAAGCAUUGAAAUCUGUAAUAAUGUGGAUGAAGUUGAUGAAUUGGCAGGUGUGGAAGUUGUAAAUGACACAGUUGUGCAGGAUACAACGAAUGUUUGCAACGAAGAUGACCAGAUACUCAAAAAGCUAACAACAAAUGAUGAUUUUCUGCUGUUGGCAUUCACAAUGAAUAUGGAUCUAGGCGAUAGUGAGUCUGCAACGGCCGAUCAAUGCGAUACGCACACAAAAACUACAACAAAAAAUGAGGAGUCAACUGCUCUGGAGAUUUUCGAACAGUUCCAACAGUCAAAAAAUAUACUACCGCUAGAGGAAGUGAUUUUGAAUGCUUUGAGCCGUAUACUCAAGACGCGUAUUGCAUUCGCCAACUCAUUUGUAAUGCGUUUGUAUCGUGAAGAGUUCGAUAUUUUGAAACAUUUGCGAAAUAUACGUAAGAUUUAUUUACUCGAGGCGAGCGAUAUAAUGCAUCAGUUCUACAGUAAACUGUUUAAGCAGAUCGAAUCCGGUGAGGGUUGGGCGAAUGCGUUUUUACUCACCACACAACUGGAUGAUAUCAUAUGCGCUAAAUUCUCCGAUAUGUCUUCAUUAUUUCGCGUUGAGAUCUAUUCGGCAUAUCGUAGUCGCACCGUUAAGGUACACGAAGCUGUUGAUGAACUCUCCUUGUCGUACAAUUUAAGCACCGAAUUGGCACAUAUGAUAAAACCAACAGACUUAGAAGCUUAUAAUAAAGUAUUUCGUUUUCUGCUCAAAGUGAAAUGGGGUCUAACCACUUUGGAGAAUCUACAAUUUCCACGUGCGCACAAACGUAGACGCCCUUAUGCACCCUACGAAAUGGCCGACUUGCUUAUGCGCCGUCUCGAACAGCUGCGCUUUUGGAUGCUAUUCGCCAUACAAAGUAUACACUUCCACCUAAUGACACACGUGCUGCAAUCCAUGGGUGAACAAUUGGAUGAUAAGAUCGCCAAAUGUACGAAUCUCAAAGAAAUGGUGACCGUACAUCGUUCUUACAUGAAUACAGUAUGUGAGCACUGCUUUUUGGCGGAGAAUUUCAGCUCGUUAAAGCUGGGUGUGGAGCAGCUGCUCAAUCUAACAUACAUUUUGCGUCUGGAGUGGAACAGCUGUGCGAAUCACAUUGAACUUAAGCGUAAUCCCUGGGCAGCGGUGGAUAUGAAUGAAAGCGUCGAGGAUUAUCUUGCACACACGCAAAUCGACGCCAUUGAGCUGACAUACAUACGUUGCCAUCAGUAUUUGGCUAAUAAGCUGAACAAUGAAGUAUACAUUAAAAACAAUUCAUUUCUGUUGGGUCUUAGCACCGCUUUCAACACCAGUUUGCCAUACUAAGAUUGCACCUUUUUUAUUUAUUAUUUGCAUUAAUACUCAUACAUUUGUUGUCAUUAAUAUUUAAUAAGCUUGUUGUAACGUUGUAAUUGCCAAAAAAUCGAAUUAUGAAUUUUGAAAUAUAAAACAAUUUAAUUGAAAUUAAAUAAUAUGGAAAA